AUGCGCAUAUCUUACCUCUUCUCUGCCGUCGGCGUCGUCGCCGCAGCACUCGACACCGCCGUCGGCAAUGCCACCCUAUGGUCCUCUACCACCUCUCCUCAUGACCUCUCCACCCCCGUCUCCCCCUCCAUCGACAACACCUCGAUAUCGUCCGAUCCCUCCGUCACGGAUCCUGGCUCUGGCUCUCCCGAUCCUACUGCCGGCGCUGUCGCUCGUCCCAUGCAGGGCUCCAUGGCUGGCCUGCUAGGGUUUGUCAUUGUCGGACUGGCGACCAUCUGA